GUAGGAUGCACGGCCUUCCCCUCAGCCUCCAGCGCCGAUCUGUCGCCGUCCCGAGCUCCUCCGACCGCCGCCUCGCCGCCGGCGCCCUUGAACCCGAGAGGAGCUAUGCGGGCUUGAUCUCCGCCGCUGCGCCACCGGCUGCCGCCCGCCGCCGGCCAGCACCACCUCCGAACCCCUCGGACCGACUGCUCCCGUCCUCGGCCGGAGCGCCCGCCGCCCGAUCGCCGGCGGCCAUCCCUAGCUCCCACUGCUCCGGUCCGGUUGAUGCUUCUUCCACAGACGAGAGACUGGCACCAUAUUUGUGCAGGUGGGUACUUCGAUCCGAAGUCGGUACAGUGGUGCACGCUCGGUGAUAUUCUUCUAUCCCUGUUCUU